AUGCCGCCAGUCCUUAAAGUGCUAGAUAGGUCCAAGGGUUGGAUUGACAAACAACAGGAAUUUGGUGUGUGUAUUCACAACGCUCUCACCAACUACAGUGAUAUCUCAUGGUUCAUCCAAACGCUGGAACUAUAUAAAAUGUUUGGGGCACAACAAGUCUUCGUUUAUCAUCGAUCAAGUAACAUCAGCUCCGUUCUCGAUUUUUACGAAAAACAAGGAUUCGUCACUGUAAUACCGUGGAAUGUGACUGCAAUUGAAAAGGGUCUAGGGAAUCGAAUGCGAUAUGGCUACAAACGGCUUUCACUGCAAAACGACUGCGUGUUGCGUAACAUACACCGGUUCAAAUAUCUCUUAAUGCACGACAUCGACGAGAUCAUCGUGCCCUACUUGCACGAGAACUACUCCGCCAUGAUACAGAGUUUUCCUAGCAGAGCUGCCUACAGGUUCAGCAAUGCAUUCUUCCCGCUUGUCUUCAUCGACAAUGUGACUGUGUACGAAAACAGAACUGGAGAUAAAGAUGGACAAAUGUUGCGAUACAAACCGGUAGCACUCUUAGCAACAAAGCGGUUAUAUGUUUGGUUUGGCGGUGGUCGAUGGAAAAUGAUCAUAAGACCGGAAAAAGUGAACCUCAUGACAACCCACAGUGCCAUUAAUGCCACCAGCGUCUAUGCUGUGUUGCCUUCCGAAGCCAUUCUGCAUCAUUUUAGGCAAGGAAGCCCAAUCUACAUUAGAAAAAACAAGGUCCUAAAGAAAAACUUUCUUGAGACACGCAUGUACCAUUUUAAGGACAAAUACCUGGCACGCUUAGAAACGACUGAGAGAAUGAUGAAGAAGAGUGGAAUUGCAUGGCCUUGA